UUGAAGACCAUGGCACAUUUCCAUUUAUUUUUCUGUAGGAAGAUGAUAAAACAGGCGUACGGAACAACUCCAAUUACGGAUGAUCCAUCCACGGGUUAAAUUCUGACUGCCCUCACUUUUUUUAAUUUUUUGGUUACAUGAUAGUGGUAACACUGGGUCAAUAGCGGCAACGGAUGCGAACGGUUUGAACUGAGCUGUUAACGGUAAGCACGGAUCGGUAAGGAACGAGUGAGUAGUGGAAAACAUGGCGUCAGGCACGAGCUUUAAGAAGUGCGAAAAUGAGCAGGCAAUUCUUUUACCGUCCCCCACUACUAGAGAGCAAUCGGGGCUCAUGAUAAAGAAGCUCACUGGAGUAUGUGUCUCUACCAUCGCGUUCCUCAGGAACCUGUUUGAUAGUGAGAAUUUUGAAACAAGAUCAUUGUGUGGUCAGAACGUACAGAUUCUCAAGAGAUCAUGCCAUCGUAACAAUGGGGUGGACUGCCUCUUAAAAUGGCUCAAAGGGGUCUUUGAUGCCUUGGACAACAAAUACCUCAAAACAGUAAGUUUAGAGAUAAGGGAUGUGACAGGCUUACUGUUGGAAACAUAUGAGUUUCAUUAUACGUUCCAUGAUGAUCAACCACUGUUAAAUAUAGAAACAUCUAAAAAUAUCCAUGUCGGCGGUACUGUUUGGAGAGACUCUUCUAUGGAAGAAAUACGGAUUCUUCUGCGAAACAUUCUUGUGGCAACAUCUGCUCAACCCAUACUGCCUCCUAAUUGCUUCACAUCUGUGAGGAUCCACUAUCAUGAUGGUACUCCAGAAGAUUAUGAACCGCCAGGAUUCAAACCAUUUUUUGGAGAAUCACCAGAUCAUGUGCACCCUAACAGACUAAAAUUGGCAUGCGGUCAAGUGUCCACAAAAUUCCAUACUUUGAAUAUUAAAACUAAACUUGCACAGACUAUCCCAAGUUCCUCUGAACCAAGCACUCCUGAAAUUCGUUGUGAGUGUGGAUUGGAAGAUCGUGCUGGAAGUUUACUCAAAUGUGAAACAUGUGGAACUCUACAGCACUUGGCUUGCUACAAAAUAUUUUCUGAGGAAAAUUCUCAAUCACAGAGAACUCACAAGUGUAUAAAAUGCGGAAAUUCAAAGCCACCUAAAGAUUUUGAUGCAGUGUCUUGUUUGUUCCGGCGAGUUAUAGCCCUGUGUGCUAAGAGCAAGUCGGUGUCUAUCAAGAAACUGACCAAUGAACUUAAUCUAAACCCUGACUCUGCUUUAGUGCACAUGAAAAAGCUUCAAAGAGAGGGUGCCCUGCAAAAGAGUAUUGUGCCAAUUUGUCUUGAGAAAACUGAUUUCAUGCACACGGUUAAUAAAAGUGCAAUUGACAAUUUCAAAGUGAAAUAUUUCAACUAAAGGAAGUUCAAAAUUUGUAUUUAAUUCACAAUGUGCCACAUUUGUUUAUUCAAAAAUUAAGUUGUUGUUAAUGAUUAAGAUAA